UUUGCAGGCGACACAAUAUGUCCGACGGGCAUGUUCCGGUGUCCCGAGGGGCGCUGUAUACCGGCGUUAUGGGUGUGCAACUACCAGCGCGACUGCGACAAGGGCGAGGACGAGUACCAGUCAUGUCCGCCGCCAGAAUGUGAGGCAGGCCAGCUGACAUGCGGGCAGUACGUGUGGAACAAGACGUACUGCAUCCCGCCUCACUACCGCUGCGAUAUGCACGUCGACUGCGUGGAUGGCACGGACGAGGCCGACUGCAUGUACCGCAAAUGCCAGCCGGAUGACUUCCAGUGCGGCGUGGAAGGCUCCGAAUCGGGCAAAGUGUCUUCACAGGGGCCUUGUAUACCUAAAGAAAAGAAAUGUGAUGGAUAUUUAGACUGUAGAACGGGUAAGGACGAGCAGGACUGUGCGGGGCGCUCUCUCGCCUGCCGCUUAGAUCAGUUCCGUUGCGCGUCCGGCACCAAGUGCGUCGACGCCGCCGCCAAAUGCGACCACAAGGACGACUGCGGAGAUAAUUCAGACGAAGCACAUUGUAGUUUCCCAGCGUGCCAUAUAGGACAAUUUCGGUGUAGCAACGCGCUGUGCAUACCUGCGGCGUAUCACUGUGACGGAUACCGAGACUGCUCGGACGGGUCUGAUGAAGCUAACUGUACUGCUAUAGCGUGUCCUGACAACAAGUACCUGUGCCCCAAAGGUGGGCCUGGGGGCACCCACAAGUGUAUAGCGAGGUCGCAGCUUUGCGACGGCAAGAAAGACUGCGAGGAUAACGCUGAUGAGGAAACUGCAUGCUCGACCUCAUCAUGCCCUGCGUUGGAAUGCGAGUACAAAUGCGUAGCGUCUCCCGCGGGCGGCGCCUGCGCCUGCGCACCCGGACUCACACUGGCGGCAGACAACCGCACCUGCGCCGACCGCGACGAGUGCCGCGCCUGGGGAUACUGCCACCAGCUGUGCGUCAACACGCCCGGCUCAUACAAAUGUGCAUGCGCUCCCGGCUACCGUCUAGUCGAGAAGUCUCGUUGCGCGGUAGAAUCGGACUCCACAGGCGGAGCGUACUUGGCACUCGCGCACGCGGGCGGAGUCCUACGUAUGGAGCUACAAGGCAGAGCGCCCUCUACCCUCACUAACGCCACGCACGCGGCGGGAUUAGACUACCAUUACAAACGCAAUCUACUGUUCUGGUCCGACCUCAAUACUCGAAAGAUCCACUCGCAGCAACUCAGCGUGCCGGCCGGCACAAGCGGCGGCCGCGGUGUGGGCGGAAUCGACAUCUCUUAUGCUGCAGCUUCAUGGGCUCCCACUGCUCUAGCCGUGGAUUGGGUGGGAGACAAGCUUUAUGUAGCCGACGCUGUGGGACAAAAGAUCGACGUAUUCGAGCUGGACGGGCGCUGGCACGCGGUGGUGCUGGGCUCCAACCUCACCGCGCCCGCAGACAUCGCGCUCGACCCCACGCUCGGGUACAUGUUCAUCGCCGACACAGGCCAGAUCAUUCGUGCUAACAUGGACGGAACGCACACCAAAGCAAUUGUCUCCGAAGCGGCUUACAAGGCAUCGGGCAUAGCGGUCGACAUUAUCGCGAAGAGGGUAUUCUGGUGCGACUCACUUCUCGACUACAUAGAAACAGUGGACUACGACGGCCUACAUAGAUUUCUGGUGCUUCGAGGGCAACAAGUUCCCCGACCUUCACGAUUAGCAUUGUUCGAAGACAGAGUUUACUGGUCGGAUACCACCAAACAGGGCAUCAGCUCCGUCAGCAAAUACGAAGGCGCCUCCAGCAUACAGGCCAUCUACAAAAUGAAAGACAUCCGCGAACCGAAAGCCGUUACAGUCAUACAUUCCUUAAAACAGACUUCGGUAAAUAAUCCAUGCGGAAACAACAAUGGCGGUUGCGCUCAAAUGUGCAUCGUAAGCGCUUUACCAGACGGCGGUCUAGGCUAUCGAUGUGCCUGCAACAUCGGCUACCGACUCGAACAGGACUUACGCAACUGCGACAUCGUCCAGGAAUUCCUCAUGUACUCUCAACAGAGAUUCAUCAAAGGCAAAGUUUUAAACCCCGUGAUAGAAGGAUUCAGCGAUGCGAUUUUACCCGUCGUCUCGCGGCGGGCCAGAUUCGUCGGCUUAGAUUUCGACGCUCGCGACGAGCAUAUCUAUUACUCGGACGUUCUUCAAGACGUUAUUUACAGAGUGCAUAGGAACGGAACCACAAGGGAGAUAGUGCUCGCUUCUCAGAACGAGGGCGUCGAAGGACUCGCCGUGGACUGGGCGUCGAAGAACCUGUACUAUAUCGACUCUAGAAAGGGCACUCUGAACGUCCUGUCGACGAGGAACGUCGCUCACAAGAGGACACUGCUGAAAGACUUGAAGAGGCCGCGCGCUAUCGUAGUCCACCCGAACAAAGGCUACGUGUUCUUCUCCGAAUGGGACAGACCGGCGAACAUCAGCCGAGCUAACACCGACGGCACCGGGCUACUGGUGUUCGAGAACGUGACGCUGGGCUGGCCCAACGGCCUCUCCAUCGACUUCGGCGAGGAUCGCCUGUACUGGUGCGACGCUCUACUCGACCACGUGCAGCACGCGAAACUCGACGGCACCGACGUGAAGACGGUCAAUUCCAGACUGAUAAGACACCCUUUCUCGAUCGUCAUCCACGGGGAGUUCAUGUACAUCACCGAUUGGAGACUGGACGCCAUCGUGCGCUUGCACAAACUGACGGGGGAGCGGGAGGAGGUGACGGUGAGAGAGCCGCAAACGAAUCGUCUGUACGGUGUCAAAGUGUACAGUCGCAGCGUUCAGCAUAUAGAUCCGAUGCAGCCUUGCGCACGCAACAACGGCAAUUGCCAGAAGCUGUGCUUCGCCGUGCCGCGGAAUAAUACGGAACUGUUGACCGUCCGGUGCGGGUGCCCGUACGGCGAACGAUUGCAGCCGGACGGGCGGUCGUGCGCGCCGGAUCCGAGCGCGGAGCCCCCGUUACAGCCGUGCCCCAACGCGUGGGACUUCACCUGCAGGAAUCAGCGGUGCAUCCCGCGCACGUGGCUGUGCGACGGCGACGACGACUGUCUGGAUAACAGUGACGAAGACCAGGCCAAUUGCACUAAAUCAACUUGCGGCCCAUUGGACUUCAUGUGCAAAUCUGGACGUUGCAUCCCAGCAACCUUCAAAUGCGACACCGAGAACGACUGCGGCGACUACUCCGACGAGGCGGGCUGCGUCAACGUCACCUGCAGCGCCUCGCAGUUCCAGUGCGACAACGGACGAUGCGUGCCAAACACCUGGAAAUGUGACUCGGAGAACGACUGCGGAGAUGGCUCCGAUGAGGGCUCACAUUGUGCGGAGAAGACCUGCGCUUACUUCCAGUUCACGUGCCCUCGCACGGGGCACUGCAUCCCCUCGUCGUGGGUCUGCGACGGCGACGACGACUGCUUCGACAAGCAGGACGAGGCCGACUGUCCGCCUGUCUCGUGUCUGGCCAGCCAGUUCAAGUGUGCCGACCUCAAGCAAUGCGUGCAGGAAGCGUACAAAUGCGACGGCAUCCCGGACUGCAACGACGGGUCGGACGAGGUGGGCUGCCCCUCCCUCGCGCCGCACCAGUGCCAGCCCGACAAGCAGUUCCAGUGCAGGUCCUCCGCCAUCUGCAUCCCCUCCACCUGGUACUGCGACGGCACGCCCGACUGCGAGGACUUAUCCGAUGAGCCGGCGUCAUGCGGCACCGCGGAGUGUGCCCCCUCCCACUUCCGGUGCGACAACGGCGCCUGCGUGUUCAAGGCCUACGUGUGCGACGGCAGAGAUGACUGCGGCGACAACUCCGACGAGGGGCUGCGGCACGCCUGCAAGCCGCCCGAGCCUAGAUGCGGCAGCGAUCAGUGGCAGUGCCCGGGCGUGACGGAUCGCUGCGUCAACCUGACGCAGGUGUGCGACAACAAAUUCGACUGCCCCAACGGCGCUGACGAAGGUGCAAGCUGCGACUUCGCGGAGUGCAGCCACCAGGCCGGGUUAUGUUCCAACGGCUGCAAGCAGACGCCGCUGGGCCCGCUGUGCCUGUGCCCGUCGGGUGAAGUGUUGAGUCCCGACGGCCGCACCUGCACCGACCUCGACGAGUGCGACCCGCCCGGACUGUGCUCGCAGAUAUGCACGAACACGAAGCGUUCGUACGCGUGCGGGUGCGUGGAGGGGUACCGGCUGUCGGGCGACAACCACACCUGCAAGGCGGCCAACCACUCCGCCGCCUUCCUCAUCAUCUCCAACCGACAUUCCAUCCUGGUGGCCGACCUGAAGGAGCAAGGCCUUGAACGGAUCCCCAUCAACGUGGAGAACGUGGUCGCGACAGCUUCGAACAUGCACACAGGCACGCUGUUCUGGUCGGACAUGAAGCUCAAGAAGAUCUCCCGCCUCGACCGCGGCAGCGAGCCCCAGGUCAUCAUAUCCACCGGCCUGGAUCUGGUCGAGGGGCUGGCUUACGACUGGGUCGGCGGCAACGUCUACUGGCUGGACAGCAAGCUAAACACCAUCGAGGUGGCUAAAGAAGACGGCAGUGCCAGGACAGUAUUACUAAGCGGUAACAUCACUCAACCAAGAGGAAUGUGCUUGGACCCCGCACCUGAGGCCCGCUGGCUAUUCUGGACCGACUGGGGCGAGAACCCGCGAAUAGAACGCGUCGGCAUGGACGGAACGCAACGAUCUGCCAUCAUAACCACGAAAAUCUACUGGCCAAACGGUCUCACUUUAGACACGGCCACAAAAAGAGUCUAUUUUGCUGAUUCUAAGUUGGACUUCAUUGACUUCUGCUACUACAACGGAACUGGACGCCAGCAAGUCCUAGCUGGAAGUCACUACCUUCUCCACCCUCAUUCUCUGACGCUAUUCGAAGACACGCUUUAUUGGACUGAUAGGCAGUUAAACCGUGUUCUGUCUGCCCACAAGUUUAAAGGCAACAAUCAGACAGUGGUUUCUCACCUGAUCUCGCAGCCUCUGUCCAUUCACGUGCAUCACCCAUCGUUGCAGCCUCAGUACCCGUCACCUUGUGCCUCGAAUCCUUGCCAACAUUUGUGCCUGCUGAGCCCCAAUAUGACCGCGCAAUACACCUGCAUGUGCAAGCCUGGAUUCAAACUUCUCCCUGAUGGAAAAUGCGCAGAAGAAGAGUCUGCGUACCUGAUGGUCCUGAAGGGAUCUCAGAUCAUUGACCUGUCGCCGGAUGGAUCCGGCAGAGCGGGACAACUGGCUUCAGUGGUUGGAAUUCAAGGUGGUGUGCAACUAGACUACGAUCGCCAAGGACACAUGUUGUACUGGCUCCAGUCCAUAUCUGGCGACAGCGAAGACGACGAGAACUGCACAAUCUACAGUAUGCCUUAUGGCGGAGGAAAUAAGGUCGAAUUCUUCGGUCAGGAUACGGGCAUAGUGGGUGCCCCCUCUGCUAUAGCGUUCGAUUGGCUCGGCAGGAACCUCUACAUGGCUAACAGAGUCGCCAGUAACAUUGAAUUAGUGAGGGUGGAAGGAAAAGUGAAGUACAGGACUAUCGUGAUGGCCAAUGAUGGCAGCAACAAAAUCUACUGGUCCGACGAGGGAGGUUACGGGGUGCCAGCUAAGAUCGGAAAGGCCAACAUGGACGGGUCCAACCCCGUGAUUUUAGUGGACAGCAUCGAACGACCGGAAGCCAUCACCAUCGACAUCGAGAAGAAGAUCCUCUACUUCAGCACGCAGUACCCCGCCAGCGUCGACAGCGUCAACACCGACGGCAAUGACCGCAAGACAAUCCUCAGCGAAGCCAACGCCAUCUCUUAUCCAAAAGUCGUAGCAGUGUUAGAUUCACGUUUAUACGUCCUAGACCCUCGCAGUGAGAAAAUCAUCAAAGCGGAUCUACCGAACGGGGAUAACAUUAAAACCAUAAUCGACAACGAAAGUGACUUGAAAUCCCUCACUGUAUUCCAGAAAAGAAAGAUGAUCCAUCAUCCUUGCACUCUCAACAACGGAGGUUGCGAACAAAUAUGCAUCCCCAGCGAAGGCGGAUCCCGCGUUUGCGGCUGCUCCAUCGGCUACAGGAAAGAGAACGAAAUACACUGCGUGCCUUACAAAACUUUCGCCGUUGUGUCACAACUGGACCUCAUCCGUGGCUACAGUUUGGACUCCAGCUCCGAAGCGAUGGUCCCAGUCACGGGAUUAGGCCAUCAUAUCUUACACGUGGACGUUCACUUCGCCGACAACUACAUUUACUGGGUGGAGUUCAACCGCGGCCAAUGGAACGGCAUCUUCCGCAUCAGACCGAACGGAACGCAAUUACAGCAUGUCGUUAAAGACGGUAUCGGCAGCAAUGGCAUCCGAGGACUCGCUAUAGACUGGGUGGCCGGAAACUUGUACUUCACGAAUGUGUUUCCGCACGAGAAUUACGUAGAGAUGUGCUGGCUCGACGGCUCUAACAGAAAAGUGAUCGUGAAAACUACAAUGGACGCUCCUAGGGAACUCGCCGUUAAUCCGCUGAAGAGACUGCUAUACUGGAUCGACUACGGCCAAUACCCGCGUAUAGGAAAAGCCUAUUUAGAUGGCACCAACUGGCUGACACUUGUCAGUUCGGGGAUAUCGAACCCUCGCGAUUUGACAAUAGACAUGCUGACUCACGACGUGUACUGGGUCGACUCGAAACUAGAUCAAAUCCAGAAGAUUAACUACAACGGCGGCAACAGGCAGCUGAUUCGUUCGAACCUGCCGAACCCGAUGGGUAUCGCUAUUCACACCGGCAACGUGUACUGGGUCGAUCGGAACCUGCAGACUAUCUACAAAGCUUCCAAAUUGCCUGGAAAUAUGUCUAUGCCGGAGAAAGUGCGGACGAACUUGCCUAAACUUCGGGACAUCGUGAUAUUCGACGCCAACAACCAGCCUACGGACGAUAACAAUCCUUGUAGGAAAUUUGGCAACGGAGGAUGCGAGCAACUCUGCUUCAGUUUCCCCGCGGACGCUAACAAAGGAUACACGCACCGAUGCGACUGCGCUACCGGAAAAUUAGCCCAGAAUCAGAAAAAAUGUGAAGUCGUAGACGAAUACUUGGUAUUCACGACCAGAACUGAGAUUCGCGCCGUCAACCUCGAUCCUAAAUCCACCGGCGUACCCUUCAAGCCUAUCGGCAACUUAACCAACGUCGUCGGCGUCGAAUUCGACUAUACAGACAACAAGCUGUUCUUCACCCAGAUCAGGCCUUGGGCGAGAAUCGCGUGGAUGUCCGCUAACAAACCGGAACCUUCUGGCAUUCAAAACAUCCUGAACAAAGGCAUCAACCCGGAGGGUAUUUCGUACGACUGGACUCAAAAGAAGAUCUACUGGACGGAUAGCUCUAAUAAUUCCAUUUACGCGAUGAACUUGGACGGCAGCGAGCUCGUCAUGAUCGCUCGAGUAGAAAGACCGCGUGCUAUAGUCGUCGAUCCUUGCAACGGCACUCUGUUCUACACCGACUGGGGCAGAUUCGGAACUUCCGGCAAAAUCUACAGAACCACAAUGGCCGGGUCAUUAAAGAAGGCCAUCGUAGACAAGGAUCUGUCGCAACCGAGCGGCCUCACUAUCGACUUCGACGAUAACAUGCUUUAUUGGACUGACGCCGUGCGCGAGAAGAUCGAGAGGUCAAAACUCGACGGCUCCGACAGAGAGGUUCUCAUUUCGGCCACGAUAUAUCCAUUCGCCAUCACAGUGUUCGGAAACUACAUCUACUGGACUGAUUUGCAAUUGCGAGGGGUUUAUAGAGCGGAGAAGCACACGGGAGCUAAUAUGGUCGAAAUGGUGAAGAGAUUAGACGAUUCGCCGCGAGAUAUUCACGUUUACAGUCCUGGCCGACAGCGCUGCACUGUUAACCCUUGUAAUAUUGCUAACGGAGGCUGCGCACACAGUUGCCAUCCGGCGCCGAAUAACACGGCCGAAUGUCGCUGCGACGAAAACACCAAACUAGUAAACGAAGGCCGCAUGUGCGUCGCCAAAAACAUCACCUGCGACUCGAGCAAGUUCUUCUGCGCGAACGGUAAAUGCAUCAGCCGCAUGUGGUCGUGCGACGGCGACGACGAUUGCGGCGACAACUCCGACGAAGACCACAACUAUUGCGCGUAUCAUUCCUGCUCGCCCAACGAGUUCCGCUGCAACAACGGUCGAUGCAUAUUCAAGUCGUGGAAGUGCGACCACGAGAACGAUUGCAAAGACGGUUCUGACGAGGAAGGAUGCCAGUACCCGCCUUGUGCAGAAGGAGAAUUCACUUGCCUUAACUCCCGCUGCAUACAUAUGGCUCAACUCUGCAACGGCAUCAACGACUGCAAGGACAACGUCACAUCGGAUGAAACUCACGAACGCUGCCCGCGGAAUACCACCUGUCCCGCUAAUCACUUAAAAUGUGAGAAGACAAAUAUUUGCGUGGAGCCAUACUGGCUGUGCGACGGUGACAACGACUGCGGCGAUAAUUCAGAUGAAGACCCGCUACAUUGCGCGCAACGUACUUGCCCGCAGAACAGUUUCCGCUGUCCCAACCACCGUUGUAUUCCUGCUACCUGGUACUGCGACGGUGAUGAUGAUUGUGGUGACGGUGCUGAUGAGCCGCCAGAAUACUGUCGCUCCGAAGGCCGUACUUGCUUCGGUGAUUUGUUCACUUGUGACAAUGGCAACUGCGUCCCUCGCAUCUACAUCUGCGACGGCGACAACGACUGCCUCGACGGCAGUGAUGAGGACGACCGCCAUCAAUGCAAUGAACGCAAAUGCGAUGCCGAUACGGAAUACACUUGCGAAGCGAAUAAGUUCUGGGGCCGUGCUCAAUGUAUACCUAAGAAAUGGUUGUGCGACGGCGAUCCAGAUUGCGUAGACGGCGCUGACGAAAAUGCUACUAUCCAUCAUUGCGCUGCUCCAGCUCCUUGUGCUCCAGAUCAAUUUCAGUGCACUAACGGUCGAUGCAUCAACGAAGGCUGGCUUUGCGAUCACGACAACGAUUGCGGCGAUGGCUCCGACGAAGGGAAACGCUGCAACGCUGUCUACAAAACUUGCACCGACCAAGAAUUCAAGUGCCAGAACUUCAAAUGUAUACGAAACCACUUCCGUUGCGAUGGCGAAGAUGAUUGCGGCGAUCGCUCUGAUGAAGUAGACUGCCCUAAAGCAAACGACACCUGCCCGACGGGCCAAUUCAAAUGCGGGGACGGAAAGUGUAUCGACAUGAAACUGGUCUGCAAUAAGGUUGCUGACUGCGCGGAUGAAUCCGACGAACCUGCUCAUUGCAACGUCGAUGAAUGCGCGAAGCUUGAAGUAAACCAAUGCGGGCAUAAAUGUGUUGAUACGUUGACGGGAUAUUAUUGCGACUGCAACCGCGGCUACAAGCUGCUGCCCGAUGGAAAGGCAUGCGCUGACGUCGAUGAGUGUUUGGAGACUCCCGGGGUUUGUUCCCAACGAUGCUCGAACACACCAGGAUCAUACUACUGUAAAUGCGAAGACCGCUACUACGAACGCGAACCCGAUGAGCGUACUUGCAAGCGAAAGGACAAUACUCCCGCCUGGAUCAUAUUCACGAACAAAUACUACGUACGCAACAUGUCUACGGACGCUUCUCUGUACAGCCUCGUCCACCAGGACCUCAUGAACGUAGUUGCGAUCGAUUUCGACGAAAAAGAGAAGAAAAUGUACUUCGCCGACGUUUCCGCGAAGACGAUCUACCGGUCAGAUUAUACGGACCCAACUCCGACCAGAGAAGUGGUCAUCCGGCAUGACUCCCACGGCCUCGAGGGUAUCGCCGUCGACUGGAUUGGAAGAAAGCUUUACUGGUUGGACCGCCACUCGAAGAAUUUGGACGUUUCAGAGCUAGACGGCACUAGACGAAAGACGUUAAAAACGGGCAUCGCUGACCCUCGAGCGAUUAUCGUACAUCCUGGAACCGGCUACCUGUACUACACCUCGUGGCAUUUACAAGCCUACAUUGGGAAGAUGGGCAUGGACGGCUCUAACUUCACCGUUAUACUGAACUGGGAGCAAGACAUCGCCUGGCCUAACGCCCUCACUAUUGACUAUUUCACGGACCGCAUCUACUGGGCUGACGCUCAUCUUGACUACAUCGGGUCCGCAGACUUGGAAGGUCGGCAUCGCCACGUAGUCCUCUCGGGCUCGAAAGUACCGCACGUGUUUGCGCUAAGUUUGUUCGACGAUGAAAUAUACUGGACUGACUGGAAUCUCAAAGCGAUCAGCAAAGCGAACAAGCACUCCGGCGAGAACCUCAGAAUAUUGAGAAACACGACUCAUCGACCAUACGACAUCCACGUCGUCCAUCCGCUGAGGCAACUGCCUUACCCUAAUCCUUGCGGCGAUAACAACGGAGGAUGCUCACAUUUGUGCCUCAUUUCCCCUCCUCCGGCCUCCAGCUACCUCAAUAUCGACGGCUACGGAGAGGAAGGAGCUACCAGUUACAAAUGCGCGUGCCCGAACCAAUUUUACCUCGCGCGCGACAUGAAGACUUGCAUCGCCAACUGUACGGACGGGCAACAUCGGUGCAACGGAAAGGACGAGAAAUGCGUGCCUUGGUUCUGGAAGUGCGACGGCGAGCGCGACUGCCUCGACGGAUCGGACGAGCCCGCCUCUUGUCCGGUCCGGCACUGCCGCGCCGGCGCCUUCCAAUGCCGAAACACUAACUGCACACCCGCCGCUACCAUCUGCGACGGCACCGACGACUGCGGCGACGGGUCGGACGAAGCUCAAUGCGCUCACGACUGUCCUCUCCUAGAAUUCAAGUGCAAAUCGAGCGGAAGGUGUAUCUUGGAUAGCUGGCGUUGCGACGGCGACGCCGACUGUAAAGACCGCAGCGACGAAGACCCGACCAUGUGCCACGCGCGGGCCUGCGACCCGGCCACGGAGUUCGCCUGCAACAACGGCCGCUGCAUCCCGAAACUGUGGAUGUGCGACUUCGACAACGACUGCGGCGACGACUCCGACGAGCCCGCGUACAUGUGCCGCCAGAGAAAUUGCACUACCGGUUGGCGUCGUUGCCCGGGUCAGGCCAACUAUCGGUGCAUCCCGAAGUGGCUGUUCUGCGACGGCAAAGACGACUGUCGCGACGGCUCCGAUGAGUUGCCCGAGAAUUGCCCGACGUGCGAUGCGACCGCGGACUUUACGUGCGAGAACAUGCGGUGCGUGCCGAAGCAGUGGUUGUGCGAUUUCACGGACGACUGCGGCGACGGCAGCGAUGAAGCGGAGGCGGUCUGUCAACAUAAAUACCGAGAAUGUUCGGAGUCCGAGUUCAAAUGCGGCAACGGGAAAUGUGUAUCGUCGCGAUGGAGAUGCGACCACGAGGACGACUGCGGCGAUAAUUCGGACGAGCUGGACUGCGGAGGCUUCCAGUGCAAGAACGGCACGUUCCAGUGCAAUUCGGGUCACUGCAUUGCGUCUUACUUCCGCUGCGACGGCGACCGCGACUGCCGCGACUUGUCCGACGAGAUCGGGUGCCCGCCGCGCUACCCCGGCGGCAGAUACUGCCCGGAAAGCAAAUUCCAAUGUGCGAACAACCUGUGCGUGUCUCAGCUAGACCUGUGCGACGGCACCGACGACUGCGGCGACAACUCGGACGAGGCUCCUUCAAUCUGCACCAACUUCAACUGCGACACGCUGCGGCGAUUCCACUGCCAGAACCAUAGAUGUGUGCCUAGGUACCAAGUAUGCGACGGCGUGGACAACUGCGGCGAUGGCUCCGACGAGAACAACAUGACACUCUGCGCCGCCAGGACUCGACCCUGUGACCCUUACUCGCAGUUCCAGUGCGCUAACAAGCGAUGCAUCGAACGAAAUCAACUGUGUGACCUGAAGGACGACUGCGGAGAUAGUUCUGAUGAACUGGGCUGCCACCAGGCGCUCACCUGUGGCUGUGAACACUUCUGCACAAACUUAACAAUCGGCGGCGCGGGCGGGUACAUCUGCACCUGCUUCCAGGGCUGGAUCGUGUCCUCCGCAGACCCCAAGCGAUGUGUCGACGUCGACGAAUGUUCUACCGGCCUGCAUCACUGCUCGCAGCUCUGCGACAACCUCAACGGGUCCUACGGCUGCGCCUGCCGCGACGGAUUCAAAUUGGCAGACAACUUAUCUGGAGUGUGCAAAGCGAUGGACAAGGAAGUGGUGUUAAUGUUCGCCAACGGACCAGAAAUCCGGGCAUUCGUACAAGAUAAGAACGAGGAAUUCGACGUGAUCACUUCAGAGAAGAGAAUAGAAGCUAUCGACUACGACCCUAUCAAAGAGAUGGUGUUCUGGGCUGACAGCUACGAUAAAACUAUCAAGAGAUCUUACAUGGUGAACGCUUUAGACGGACAAGCGAAGACUGGCUUCGCUCAAGACUUGAACAUGAAAGGCAACGCUAAACCCACCGCUUUGGCCGUAGAUUACGUCGGUGACAACCUAUACUGGACUGAAGUAGACCGGACUGGGUCGAAACCCCGAGGCCGCGUGAUGGUGGCCAGAACUGACGGAAGAUACAGACGUGCUUUAGUGUCUGCUGGAAUAGAGAACCCGACUUCUAUAGUUUUAGAUCCUCAGAUGGGAAGGAUGUUCUGGGGGGACGCUGGCUCGGCACCGAAGAUCGAAAUCGCUUGGAUGGACGGCUCGAAACGUUGGCCUUUGGUUACUGAAAACAUUAGGCAUCCAGCUGGACUGGCUAUUGAUAUGGGAAUGGACCAUUCUAUCUACUGGGCGGAUACUAAAUUGAACACGAUUGAAAUGAUGAAGUUUGACGGAACUAACAGGAAAGUAGUGGUCCAAGGCGAGGCGUUGAGGCACCCAUUGUCGUUGGAUGUGUUUGAGUCGUCCUUGUAUUGGGUGACGCGGGACACUGGGGAGUUGUAUACCACCCUGCCCGUUACAACACGUCCGUAUCGGGCGGUUGCCUGCGCGCGUCCUGCUCGCACCUGUGCCUCGAUCGAACCACCCCGUCCUCUACCGCUGAUCUGCCCGUGCGAGAACGGCGGCCAUUGCGUGGAAGACGCCACCUCUCCGGGCGGGGUGCGCUGCCAGUGCCCCGGCGACGUUGGUGCGGGAGCUGACGGAGUAUGCGCGGGCGCAGGCGCGGCGGCGCGGGCGGGGCGGGCGGCUGCAGUCACUGUAGCGCUGCCCGUGCUGCUAGUGCUGCUGCUGGUGCUGGCCGCCGCCGGCGCAUGGUUCGUCAUUAGGAAGAGGCCCUUCGGCAAAGGCGUCGUCGGGCUCGGCAGCCUAGCGUCGUCGCAGAGCGUGUCGUUCCGCCAGGGCUCCAACGUGGAGUUUGGCGGAGUCCCCGAGCCCGCGUACACGCUGGAGGAGGCGCCGCGCAAGGGCCGCGACUUCAGCAACCCCAUGUAUGAUGCCGUCACGCAGCCUACCACACCCGCGGACCCGCUGCUGAUCUCCCCCUCGUCUACGGAGACGCGCAGCGCCCGCGCGCCGCCCGCCUCCCACCCCCACCCCCACCCCCCGCGGGCCCUCGACCCCGCCGCCGACACCGGCUCCGACACGCAGGGGCUCGUCAACGAGGACCGCGCGUGA